AUGGCCGACCUGCCGAUUUAUGUGUUUACCGGACCUUCUGGGGCUGGUAAAAGCACGUUACUACAAAUUUUGUUGGAGAAGUUUCCCAAUAGUUUUGGCUUCAGUGUAUCUCAUACAACGCGAAAACCACGCCCAGGGGAAAGAGAUGGAGUAGAUUAUCACUUUACCGACAGAGAUACGUUUUUGAAUGAGGUUUCUCAAAGGAAAUUUCUCGAGUAUGCAGAAUUUGCUGGGAACUUUUAUGGAACAUCAAGAGUAGCUGUAGAAUCAGUACUUAAUGCUGGUCGUAUAUGUAUUUUAGAUGUUGAACUACAGGGAGUUAAAAGUAUCCAUGCAAUUCAACCACCGUUGAAUGCUCAAUAUAUCCUUAUUCGUCCAUCUUCAAUUAGUGAAUUGGAAAAGCGUUUACGUGGCCGAGGAACAGAAACUGAAGAAUCUCUAUCUAAGCGGCUUGCUCGGGCUCGUGAAGAUAUUGCAUUCUCUGAAACUGAAGAAGGCCAGAAACUGUUCACAAAAAUUAUAAUUAAUGAUGAUCUUAACACUGGAUAUAAAGAGUUAGAAAAUUUUGUUCUCCCAGCUGUUAAAUGUACUAAAUGUGCGUUAUAA